AUGCGCGUUCCACGUUCAAGACCUAAGCGGAUCAUCUCGCCGGCCAAUCAGGGCGCGUCCUGGUCGGCGCGCCGUCCAAUCGGCGGCCGGGAAGGCAGCGAGCGCGCGCCGUCCAGGCUCACGGCGCAAGGAGCCCGCCCCAUCACCUCGCCGUCCAAUCAGGGCGCGCCGACCGGGGCGCGCCGUCCAAUCGGCGGCCGGGAAGGCGGCGGGCCGCCCCGUUACAUCGCUGGCCAAUCCGUGCGGGGCGGUGGGCGCGCCGUCCAAUCGGCGGCCGUGAAGGCGGGCCGCCCCGUUACAUCGCCGGCCAAUCAGGGCGGGGCGUGGGCGCGCCGUCCAAUCGACGGCCGUGAAGGCGGGCCGCCUCGUUACAUCGCCGGCCAAUCCGUGCGGGGCAGUGGUCGCGCCGUCCAAUCGGCGGCCGUGAAGGUGUCCCGCCCCGCCCCGCCCCGCCCCUCCCCGUCCCGUCCCCCGGCGGUGGCGUCCCCGGGGGGCCCCGAUGGGCACGGCGUCGUCCGUGGCAGCUUCCGGGGUGCGGGGCCCGCGGGGCCCGAGGCGGACGGGGCCCCGGCGCGGCCCGACGGGCCGUGGGGGGCCGGAGCCCUGCCCCCGGGGGACCGGCCCGGAGCGGGGAGGAGCCCCCGACACGCACCAGGACACUCGCCGCAACAACAACGCCUCGACUCACACAACAAGCGCCUCCGCGCAGAGCUGCAGGCACUGCAGAAAACGUAUCAGAAGAUACUGCGAGAGAAAGAAAGUGCAGUGGAAGCCAAAUAUCAAGCAAUGGAGAGGGCAGCGACCUUUGAACAAGACAGAGACAAAGUCAAAAGGCAGUUUAAGAUUUUUAGGGAAACUAAGGAAAAUGAGAUUCAGGAUUUAUUAAGGGCCAAGAGAGACCUAGAGAGAAAACUUCAGAGGCUGCAGUCCCAAGGUAUUCAAGUGUUUGAUUCCCAAGAGUCUGAUUCAGAUGAUAACUGCACAGAUAUCACUGCUACUGAAACUCAGUGUGGAUAUUGGACUGGAGGAGCCUUGGGAAGUGAGCCUUCAAUGGGCAGCCUGAUGCACCUUCAGCAGUCUUACAGAGGACCUGAAUUUGCCCACAGUUCUAUAGAUGUGGAGGGACCAUUUGCAAAUGUUACUAGAGAUGACUGGGAUGCAGCCGUAGCUAGUUUAUUGCAGGUUACUCCGUUGUUUUCACAUUCUCUUUGGAGUAACGCAGUCAGGUGCUAUCUCAUCAGGACAGAUGAAACACAACCUGAAGUGGACAUUUUUCUUAAGGACUACUCGCCAAAACUUCAAAGAAUGUGUGAGACAAUGGGAUACUUCUUUCACGCAAUUCAUUUUCCAGUAGAGAGUGGCGCGCAUUACCUCAGUGCAAAAAAAUGGGAAAUCGAGAAAAGCUCUCUAGUUAUUUUGUUCAUUCAUUCAACUUUACCAAGCUGUUUGUUGGAGGACUGUGAAGAAGCAUUUUUAAAAAACCCAGAAGGAAAGCCGCGAUUGAUAUACCGCCGAUUGGAAGAGGGCCAGGUCAGCUCAGACUCUGUGCAGCAGUUCAUUGAACAAGUUUGCCACUCGGACCAGGCUAACAAAGCCAAGAUCAUUGAUCAUCUAGGAGAACCUGCAGAAGGCGCUUAUAAAACCUACACUUACGUGGAAAGCGUUAUUAAGCAGGACCUCCUGGGCUUUGAGAGCUCAGAUCUGGAAAUGAAGAAAUUAAAUACUGAAGGAGAUUCUAUCAUCCCAGAAGAGGAAGAUUACGGAGAUGUUCUUUGGGAUGUCCAUGACGAACAGGAGCAGAUAGAAGCUUUUCAGCAGGCUUCUAAUUCAGCAUAUGAGCUGGGUUUUGAGAAAUAUUACCAGCGCCUAAAUGACCUAGUGGCAGCCCCAGCUCCUAUUCCACCUUUACUUGUUACUGGAGGACCAGGCUCUGGAAAGUCCCUCCUGCUAUCAAAAUGGAUUCAACUGCAACAGAAGCACGCCCCUAACACACUCAUUCUUUAUCAUUUUGUGGGGAAGUCCAUGUCUACCAGUUCAGAGGCUGCCUUGAUAAUUAAACGAUUAAUCUUAAAGCUCAUGCAGCAUACUUGGUCAUUGUCUGCUCUGACGCUGGAUCCGGGUAAGAUCUUGGAGGAAUUUCCUCGCUGGCUAGAAAAGCUCUCGGCUCGCCACCAAGGCAGCAUUAUCAUCAUUAUUGACUCUAUUGACCAAAUUCAGCAAGUUGAAAAACAUAUGAAAUGGCUGAUAGAUCCCCUGCCGGUAAAUGUCAGAGUAAUCGUAUCAGUGAAUGUCGAGACUUGUCCUCAGGCAUGGAGAUUGUGGCCCACGCUUCAUCUUGACCCUUUGAAUUCAAAGGAUGCAAAAUCUCUUAUUACUGCAGAAUGCAACUGCGCAGAUAUCAAAUUGACCGAAGAGCAGGAGAAGAAGUUAGAGAGACACUGUCGUUCUGCUACAACCUGCAAUGCCUUAUAUGUCACUCUUUUGAGUAAAAUGAUCAUGUGGGCUGGAAGAGGACGUGAUAUUGACGAAGUACUGCAACAGUGUUUCCAGUGUCAAGAUACGGUGUCAUUAUAUAAGUUAGUUCUGCAGUCAAUUCAGGAGACCAUGAGGGAUGUAAAGGAAAAAGAGCUAAUGAAAGAGAUUCUCUGCCUCGUCAGUGUUAGCCACAAUGGAGUGAGUGAAUCAGAACUGAUGGAACUCUACCCUGAACUGACCUGGGCUGUACUGACCUCACUUGUUCACAGUUUGAACAAGAUGUGUUUGUUGACGUAUGGUUGUGGUUUGUUGAAGUUUCAACAUCUUCAGGCCUGGGAAACAGUAAGACUGGAAUAUAUGGAAGAAGGUCAAGGUAUUUCCACGUACAGGGAAAAACUAAUAAAAUAUUUCACAAUGCAGCUAAGGCAGGACAGAGUGACUUGGAGAAGUGCAGAUGAGCUCCCUUGGCUUUUCCAACAAAAAGGAGACAAGCAGAAGCUGCAUGAGUGUUUGCUGAACCUUUUUGUGUCCCAAAAUCUUUAUAAGAGAGGUCACUUUGCAGAGUUACUGAGCUACUGGCAGCUUGUUGAGAAAGACAAGAGCUCCAUGGCAGCAGAGUAUUUUGAUUCUCUAAAACAAUAUGAGAAAAAUUGUGACACGGAAGAAAGUCUGAUUUGUUUGGCUGAUCUUUAUGAGACCUUAGGACGAUUUCUCAAAGACCUAGGUCUUCUCAGUCAGGCUGUGGCUCCUUUGCAGAGGUCUCUGGAAAUUCGUGAAACGGGCCUGGAUCCGGAUCACCCAGGAGUGGCCCAGUCCCUCCAUCAGCUCGCGGGGGUCUAUGUGCAGUGGAAGAAGUUUGGCAGUGCCGAACAACUGUAUAAGCAGGCCCUAGAAAUCUCCGAGAAUGCUUACGGCUCGGAGCACUCGCGGGUGGCCCGCGACCUCGAUGCCCUGGCAACGCUCUACCUUAAGCAAAACAAAUAUGAACAAGCUGAACAUCUGAGGAAAAAAUCAUUUAAAAUUAGACAGAAAGCUGCAAGGAGAAAAGGCAGUUUGUACGGAUUCGCCCUUCUUCGUCGUCGGGCCCUGCAGUUAGAAGAACUGACCUUAGGCAGAGACACAGCUGAGAAUGCUCGGACGCUCAACGAGCUGGGAGUCCUCUAUUAUUUGCAAAAUAAUCUUGAGACAGCCGACCUGUUCCUCAAGCGCUCCUUAGAAAUGAGGGAGCGGGUCCUUGGAAGAGACCACCCCGACUGUGCGCAGUCCCUAAACAAUCUUGCAGCCCUCUACAACGAGAAGAAACAAUACGAUAAAGCAGAAGAGCUCUACGAACAAGCUCUGGACAUUCGAAGGCGAGCGUUGGCCCCAGACCACCCUUCCCUGGCUUACACGGUGAAACACCUCGCGGUUCUCUACAAAAGGAUGGGGAAAUUUGAAAAGGCCGUGCCCUUGUACGAAUUGGCCGUAGAAAUACGGCAGAAAUCUUUUGGCCCGAAGCAUCCUAGUGUAGCGACCGCGUUGGUGAACCUGGCUGUGCUCUACUGCCAAAUGAAAAAGCAUAUUGAAGCCUUGCCCCUCUAUGAGCGUGCUUUAAAGAUUUACGAAGACAGCCUGGGUCGAGUGCAUCCUCGCGUUGGAGAAACACUAAAAAAUUUAGCCGUACUUAGCUACGAAGGGGGAGACUUUGAAAAAGCGGCAGCACUGUACAAAAGGGCCAUGGAAAUAAAAGAAGCUGAAGCCUCACUUUUAGGAGGAAAAGCCCUAUCACAGCACUCCUCAAGUGGGGAUACAGUUAGUUUAAAAACAACCCUGACUCCAAACGUUUUUCUUGAUGGUGGAGAAAAAUAAAGGAAACCGAUUUGGCAAUGUGGCGGCAAAAGACCAACAAAACUUGGCCCAGACCUCUCUCGCAACUGCACUUUAGGAUGAAGUACCGAAAUGGAGACGAACCUUUGAGGUUUGAAAACUUGAAAAAAAAAUUUUUUUGAUUUUUAAAAAUGCUUUUUUCCUGGCCGUCGUGUUGCAUUUCACGCUUGCAGGCACGGAAUUGUACUCUCUGGCAAGUUUUGGAGGUGUCCAAAGAGACUAAACAGGUACUUUUUAAUGCUUUACGUGUCGAUUUUUAAAUGCCGAGUAAUUUCCUAGUUAAAUCCUCCGGUAGAUGAGCAUUCCAAAGAUGAGAUUCUUCCUUUUGCUAAAGCAGAAAUGUUGGCACAGUUUGUCAAUCAAGAAAUUCAGGGUGUUUUCGCCCUAGUUCCAACCAGCCUCCUUUGUAGCCCACACAGAGUACUGUACUAAGUGCUUGGAAGGUACAAUUCAGCGACAAAUAGAGACAGUCCCUGCCCACAAC